ACAGCCCCUUGGGAGUAGGGGGUGUGCAGCCUACUCGUCCCGCCCCUGCCUCUGAGUGACAGGACCGUGGACAGCAACAUUUCCAGCAGGACACGAAGUUUGUCGGCCCUUGCCUUGGCUGAGCUAAGUAAGAAAAAGCAACCAAGAACAUUAUUAUUGGUAUCUGGAAUUGAAUUUGCCAGGAAUGCAAGCACGGCUUCUUCAGUAAAGAUCUUGCCUUUGGAAACAUCUUAUCCCUUGGCAGCUCUCCAGAGUUCAGACUUAGCAGCAUCAAGGACACAACACAAGACUACACAUCCAAAACGUGUUGGUAGGAAAGCUCAUGUACUUCCAUGACCCAGAUGCAGCAAUGGGAAGAGAGUGGCUAAUUAUGCAGUGACACAUUGGUCAUAACAAAUUUCAAAAGGGGGACUAUGAAGUGCAGUAUUGUCUCUACCCAGAGGGAAAGGAGAUUUGGAAGAUAUCAGGCAUUUUGGAGAUCAAAGAUGGGUAGAAAAGAUGCCUCCACUGUAAAACUUCCUGUUGAUCAGUACAGAAAGCAAAUUGGUAAACAAGAUUAUAAAAAAACCAAACCUAUUUUACGAGCAACCAAAUUAAAAGCAGAAGCAAAGAAAACAGCAAUAGGCAUAAAGGAAGUUGGCCUCGUACUUGCAGCUAUAUUGGCCCUCCUACUGGCUUUCUAUGCUUUCUUUUAUCUCAGACUGUCCACAGAUGUUGACCCUGCUCUGAAACCAGAUGAAGAUUAGCUGAACAGCAAUCAAUGCAUUGAAGGGAAAUAAUUUCAUAAAAGCACCCCUUGGGACCAAUACUUUCUAAAGUACUGAAACUGGAACAUCUUGGAUUCUUUCUGCUGGUAUUUUUAGUUUUCAGAAAUAUCUUUUUAAAUAGUUGCAUAGGAUAUCAAGAAAAGAACCUUACCUAGCAAUGUAGUAUAAUGUAUGCUCCCGGAUACUUUUAUAAAAAUCUUUGUACUUUGACAGGCAACCUAUUCAUGGUGCGUUUAGAUAAAAUGGAAAACAGAUCCCAAAUUCUUCGGAUGUCUUAGCCAAUUUAUGUGUAUAACUUCAUCGCUUAGAGAUUACUAAAUCUAUUUUUGUUCCAUAUACAUCAUAAGUAAAAGUAUAUAUCCUCAUUUACAGAAACAUUCUCAAAUCAGAUUCAGAGCCUAAGAAGGAAUAAAAAGUCAUGGGGAAUUUUUCAUUUUACAAAGAAGCCCUGCUUUCUUUCCAGACAUAUUUUAUAUCAUUAGAGGAACUAUCUGCACAUACAUCUACAGUAAUCUUUUUCCUUCUUUGCCAACUGUUCAGUGCACAUGUGCUCCAUCAGAAAUGGCACCUGGAUGACAGAAGCUCAAAGAGUCACAUAUGUCUCUAAAAUAGAGUUCCUUUCCUCCUGGGCUGUCUGAACUGGUGUAAAUACAAAGUUCAGUUGAUCUUGAUUUUAAUUAACUUAUUAUUCUAUUAAUAUAAACUUGGAAUUCUAUUUUAAUUAUGUUGUUCUGACUGCUUGCAGUAUCAGUUUGCCCCUCUUGUUAGGGAGAUAUGUAACAAUCUGUCAUUUAAUUGUGCAGUUUUUUUUUUUUUUUCCACAUAACAGUAACGAAGUCCUACCUACUCAGAAUAAUCUUGUUGGGUUGCCUCUUAAAUCUGAACUAUACGAAGUGGGUUUACAAAAUUACAUUUUGUCUCUUGAGAGUUAGUCAAUCACAACUGUUUUGUGAAAAAUAAAUAAUGAAAGAAAAUGUAUGCCUCACUACUCACAUAGGUAAUUUUUUGUUUAUAUAAAUUUUCAAGAUAUUUUGCAUUUGUUGGAGUAUAAUAAUCAAUGUAUUCAAUAUUUUUACUGGUAAUGGAGUUUUUAAAAUAACUUUAGAACACACGAAUACAUAAAGCUUUGAAAAUGGGAAAAUAUGUGUCCACAGCACAUUUGUUAGCUACUACUACCUUACAGAAAGAAGCAUAGAAAAUUAAUAGUUUGAAACAUGUGCACAAAGGGUUUUAUAUCAUAUCCAUUGUAUUUAUGAAGAGCAAAUAAAAUGUUAAGGUCGUUUUCAUAUUUGCCAAGAGAAGAAAGCCGUUGAUAAAUUCCCUAGAUCUUCUUUGAGACUUUUGCAGAUAGUUGACGAUGACUGUAUAGCAUUAUGUUCUGUAGAAUUUUUUCAAGUAGCAUAAUUUAUUUCAUCAACGUGAAAACAGCCAAAAGUUCCAGGAUCCUCACAGAUCAUUUAUGCCAAACAUCUGAGGGCAAAAUUUAGCCAGUGUUAUUUACUGGAUUCUUCUCCUUGAAAUCACAAACUCAUGAGACAGACCAAGAGUUCUUAUACACUCACCACAGCAGACCAAUCCAAGUGGCAUUUUUAGGAAAGGUUGCAGCAUUUAAUGCCAUGUGGUAUGUCUGUUCGUGAAGUGGGUGGCAAGGGAAUAUCCAAGCUGGCAUUUUGGAUAUGAUGGGCCUUUUCCUUUCCUGAGUGACAUGCCACAUGUCAAGAAAUACUGCUUUUCCCUCACUCCUAUCACAUUUACGUGAACAAUUUUCACUUAGUUCUUUUACCUCCCAUAUGGUGUUAAAAACAGUCAUAUCAAAUAAAGAUUAUUUCUAAUUUCA